CUGACAGCGGAGAGAGGGGGGUGUGUUACUUUGUUAUGAGUGGUGUUUCUUUUUUUUUCUUUUUUUUUUAGGAGCCAGAAGCUCGCCAGGGGGAGGACCCAUGAAGCCUGUUGGCCACAAAAAGACAGAGAGGGAGGAAAAGUUGUGUCAACUUUUGUGACAGUGAGGUGGAGACUUGCUUCGUCCGGAGCGACGGUUAUCACCGCCACCGCCACAAGCAUCAGCUGCCCGGACGUGGAAGAUGGCGCGGUCCCUCUGCCGUGCCACGUCUCGGUUCACGUUCGCCGUCUUUUUAUGUUUUUGCCUACUUUUUCUUUCCGCUGCGGAGGCCGGACUGUACACCGACUCCGACCAGAUCGUCCUGUUAAGUCCGGAAAAUGUGGAGUCGGUUUUGGUCAACUCUACAGCGGCGACGGUCGUGGAGUUUUACGCUUCGUGGUGCGGACACUGCAUCGCCUUUUCUCCAGUUUACAAAAGUCUGGCCGGAGACAUCAAAGAGUGGAAGCCAGCUGUGGACCUGGCAGCAAUAGACUGUGCCGCAGAAGAGAACAGGAAGGUCUGCACCAGCUACGGCAUCAGAGGGUAUCCUACCAUAAAGUUCUUCCAUGCCUACUCCAAGGCUGACUCUGCAGGACAGACUUUUAAAGAUUUCCCCCGUGAUGUUCGAGGUCUCCGUCACAAGAUCAUAGACAUACUAGAAACCCAUGAGGAGGCCUGGCCCCCCGCCUGCCCCCCACUGGAGCCCGCCAGUCUAGCAGAGAUUGACAGCUUCUUUGAGACAAACAAUGUUAAACACCUGGCCCUGAUCUUUGAGGAGGAGAAAUCCUACAUUGGCCAAGAGCUAACCCUGGACCUGUUACAGUUUGAGAACAUUGCAGUGCGGAGGGUCCUGAAGACUGAGGAAGAUCUGGUGACCAUGCUGGGAGUGACUGAGUUCCCAUCCUGCUACCUUUAUUAUCCUGGAGGCAACUUCACCAGACUCAGAGUCAACGUUGAGGCUCGUACUUUCUACUCUUAUGCCCUCCAGAGGCUGCAGGGGGUGGUGCGGUCAGGAAAGCCUCCACCGGUCACCAUAGAUGUCCUCAUCAACAGCACAGAGGACCCCUGGAGAGCCUUCAACAGUUCUAGGGUGUAUAUGGCGGACCUGGAGUCAACACUGCACUACUCCCUACGUAUGGAAGUGGCCGCUUACACUGUUAUCAAUGGAGAAGCCCUGAUUUCUCUGAAGAAGUACAUCGCUGUCUUGGCCAAGUACUUUCCAGGCCGUCCUGUGGUGAUGAACUUGUUGAAGUCUGUAAACUCUUGGCUACAGAACCAGAUCGGAGACGAGAUUUCCUAUAAGGCUUUUAAAGAGAUACUGGAUAACUCAGCACAGUCUCCAGACACUGCUUUGCCUGAAGGAGUAAGGUGGGUGGGCUGUCAGGGUUCACAACCCAACCUCAGACGUUACCCUUGUGGGGUGUGGACUCUCUUCCAUGUUCUCACUGUCCAGGCCAAGAAUGCGGGUGGCUCAGAUCCAAAGGAGGUGCUGAGUGCGAUGCAAAAGUACGUCCACAGCUUCUUCGGCUGUAGACCUUGUGCCGAUCACUUUGAGAACAUGGCGAGGGAAAGUCUGGUGGAGGUGAGCACAUUGUCGUCAGCUGCCCUGUGGCUGUGGUCCAGACACAAUCGCGUCAACAACAGACUAGCAGGUGCUCUGAGUGAAGACCCCAACUUCCCAAAGAUCCAGUGGCCUUCACCAGAAAUGUGUCCAGCCUGCCAUACAGUGAAGAAAAACGGGGAUCACCAGUGGAGUCAGCAGGCGGUUCUCCCCUUCCUCCUGUCCUACUUCUCCUCCGAAAGCAUCCUCACAGACUAUCUCGAAGAUGAAAGCCAGAUCCUGGCAAAACAGAGGGAAAAACAUGCCAGCCAGCAGCUAGCUCUAGAAGCUGAGAGACAUGUAGAAAGAAAAGCCAGGGAGGCCUUGGAUACUAUGAUGAAUCACCUACCGUUACAGCCCACUGUGCAAGAAGAAGAGGAGGAGGAAGAAGAAGAGGAGGAUGGAGAGGAGCCACAGGAUGAAGCAGUGGCAGAUGAAGAAGAGGAAGGUGGUGAGGGAGUGGCAACAGCAGAUGAGAUGGGCAGUAAGACAUCUGAGCCAAGUCACUGGGCCAAACCUGUAAUGGAGGUCGGUAGAAGCCGGCGGCAGGCCCACAGAAAGCCAAGCAUUGUGGGUAUGAGGAUGCGAGACGUGCAGGAGGACAUCGUGGAUCUCGACUCAUUCGUCAACCAGCACUACAAGGCCAAGGCGCUGCGAGUGGCUGCCUCCAGCCGGGUCAAACAACGCACCCUGCAGAGGAAGGAGGAGCAGGAGCCCGGUCCUGUGUUCGGGCUUGGCAUGGAGCUGGACGCAGGGCUUGGGAUGGUGGGCCUGCAGCCCAUGGAAGCGGACUUUGAGCCGGACGCGGGGCAGCAGAGAAAGCGGCUGCAAAAGCGAGAACUGACAGAGCAGGACUUUGGUGAGGAGUUGAGCCACAGGGGACGCUGGAUGUCUAUGCUGACCAUCGGGUUCUCCAAAGUGGACAUCAGCCUGUGUGUCAUUCUUUAUUUCCUGUCCUCUAUGUGUCUUCUUGCCAUGUACUUGUUCUUCAAAAACCGUCUCAGGCUACGACGGGUUAAAAUAUCCCUGCCCUGAACCAAAGAGUAUCCAAAGAGUCAGAGCAGUGAUUAACAUUCAUUAGGUCCGUGUAGGUUAAUGUUGGGGUUAGUGUAAAGGGAUGUGUCAAGAUUACCGCCAUCUUAGGUGUUUCACUUAACUGUUACCUACAGCUGAAGCAAAAUCAGGGCAGUUUUGUAACCUUGCACGUAAUCCAGCCACCAGAGCUUUUCAGGCAGCAAUUGUGGAAAAUCUGUUCAUAUAGAUAUACUGUAAAUUUCAACAAGCAGGUUUCUGUUUGGGGUUUGUGCUUGAGUUAUGUUGCUUUUGAUUGCGUUUUGACCACUUAUGAACAAUGAAAUCAAACCCAAUACGAGAUGAUUUGAGUUUCAGUAGCAAUUUGUAUAUAUUAACCUGUAAAUAUUAUUUUAAUCAAUUGAACCAAAUACUCAAAUAGGUGAUUCUUCGUUGAUUUCAAAAAUUAUAAGUUCUGUUGUAUCUUAAAUUACAGAUGGACUAUUUUUCCCUCCAUUCUGUCACUGGAAUUUUUGUGUGUUUUGUGCUUUUCUGUGAGUUUUAUAAAAUAAUAAGAUGGCAAAAAAACAAACAAUAAACAGUCCCAGUCCCUGAAUUCUUUUGUGGGACUGCAGCUUAUUGUUUAAUACUGGGACUGUACCACCAGGUCCACAAUAAGUUUUUCCAGAGAAGAGCAGAUCAGCCCUUUUCUUUUUCAGCUCCUUUGAGCUGGUCUGCAUUACACUGAGCGUUAUAUCAUGUCUGUGAAUAUUACAUCACACUGCUGAGCCCACAUAAUAGCUACUCUGGUUGUUCAUGAGGUGUUGUGGAGCAACACAUAUGUUCACACUGGACAAGGUUUUAGAAUAAGCAGGAUUUGUUUUUGGCUGGUCUUCACGAUGUAAAGCUUCUGCUGCUCAUCUCAAAAACACUGUGUUUUUCUGUUCUUUGCUUCUGUCUGAAUCAAUAAAAUUAUUUUUGAUAAGGA